CGGGAAGGGAAGAUGGCGACUGCAGCGGCUGCUGUGGGACUGGUGGAGCGCGGCUACUUGGAGCUCAGUGGGGCGGAGCGGGGCGCGCGGCGCAGGAUUCGGGAGCUCGUGUUCAGCCUCCCAGGUGGUGGAGCUUCCCCCACAGCCGUGCGUUAUGCUGACAGCGCGGGCGGAUACUGGUACCUGGAGAAUGCUCAGCUGGGCUCGGUGACCAGAAAUCGUUUCAUUCACUGGGCUACUUCUGGUGGAACCUUAGAACUGGUGGAGGAGUCCCUUGAUAUAAACCUUUUGAACAAUGCUGUUCAGCUCAAAUUUCAGAACUGUAGUCUCAUACCUGGAGGAGUACAUAUCUUUGAAACUCAGAAUCAUGUUGUUAUCUUGAUUCUAACCAAUCAAACAGUGCACAGGCUGAUGUUACCACAUCCCACUCGGAUGUAUAGGAGCGAGCUGAUAACAGAAAGUCACAUGCAGUCUGUUUUCACAGAUAUUGGAAAAGUUCAUUUUAGAGAUCCAUCGAACUAUUGUGUGAUCCCUACAGUUCCUGGGCUGUCAGCUAAUUCGGUUGCUUCAGCAGCUUGGCUUACCAGUGAUGGAGGAGCAAUGUUUGCUCUGCCAUCUGCAUCUGGUGGGAUUUUUGUCCUUAACCUGCCUUCUCAUGAUGCUUAUGGGAUGGCAUCAACUUCAGUUGUGGAGUUGAAACAGAGUUCGGUCAUGCAGCGCUUGUUUACAGGUUGGAUGCCCACAGCCAUCAGAGGGGACCCAAGUCUUUCAGACCUUCCCAUUAGCUUAUGUGUCCAUUGUCGUGAGCAUGAUGCCCUCCUCUUUGCACUCUACCAGGAUCAUAAACUUAGAAUGUGGUCUUACAAAGAUCAAAUGUGUCUGAUGGUGGCUGAUAUGUUGGAGUUUGUGCCUGUAAAUAAAGACCUGAGAUUUGCUGCUGGAACUGGGCACAAAUUACAGCUGGCAUAUUCUGAGACACUGGGGCUUUAUAUUGGUGUAUAUUUGCAUGCACCCAAACAAGGCCAGUUCUGUGUCUUCCAGUUGGUCAGCACAGAGAGUCAUCGGUACAGUCUUGAUCAUAUAUCUUCACUGUUCACCUCUCAGGAGACACUUGUUGACUUUGCCUUAACUACUGCAGAGAUCUGGGCACUUUGGCAUGAAGAUGAAAACCAAACCACUGUGAAAUACAUCAAUUUUGAGCACAAUGUUGCAGGUCAGUGGAACCAAGUUUCUGUACAGCCCCUACCAGCUGAAGAACUGGAUAUUAGAGAUGACCAGGACCCACGGGAAACAUUUACAGAGGCCAUCUUCAUGCCUGGCCAGUUCACAAACGCAGCAUUGCUUAAAGCUUUACAGAUAUAUUCUCAAGGAGCUGAGAGACUCACAGACCUAUCCUGGGAUGAAUUGAAAAAAGAAAUUACUAUAGCUCUGGAAAAUGAGUUCCAGGGUAAUGUUACUGAAUAUGAAUUCUCACAUGAAGAAUUUAGACAACUGCAAAUAGAGUUCUGGUCAAAAUUCUAUGCUUACUGCCUUCAAUACCAAGAAGAACUUUCACGACCACUUGCGCUUCUUUUUAAUCAGAGCACUAAUAUGGUGUGUCUGCUAAAAAAGGGUUACCUGUCUUUUCUUGUACCCUGCUCUCAAAUGGAUCACCUUUAUCUCUUGCCUGAUGAACAACUGAUGAAUGAAGUUGAGAGUGCCAGCUUAGAUGAAUCUGAGUUUUCUCAUGAUCUUCUGAGCCUUGUUCAGUGCCUUCGAUUAAUUCGUGACUCAGUCUCUGUAGAGAUGGCACUCACAAUGGAAAUGACUUGCUGCCGUCGCCAGUCACCAGAGAAAGCUGCAGAACAGAUCCUUACAGAUUUGAUUGCCAAUGACACAGAGAAUCUGAUGGAAGAUAUUCACAGCAAAUUGCAAGAGAUCAAAAACCCAAUCAAUGCUAUUGGGGUGCUUGUCAGGGAAAUGGAUUAUGAGACAGAUGUUGAAAUGGAAAGAGGAUUCAGUAUUGUUCAGCCCCUGAACGUGCGCAUGCAUCUUUCACAGCUCUAUGGUAGUAGCACAACAGUAAAUAUGGUGUGUCGGUGUGUAUACAAGAUGGCCAUAACCCGCUUCUUGAUUUGUCGGGACUUGCUGAUUUUGCAGCAGCUCUUGCUACGACUUGGAGAUGCUGCAAUUUUGGGAGGAGGUCAGCUAUUCCAUACUCAACAGAAUCUGCUGCAUCGUACAUCUCAUAUGAUACUAUCCUACUACCUGAUCAGGUGGGCAAGUCAGCGUUUGGCAUCAGAUGUUCCAGUUGAUGAACUGGAAUCCAAUCUUCAGCAUCUUUCUGUAUUAAGACUGACAGAUUCCACAGCUCUGACACCACUCAAACUAGUGUCCAGCCCUCAAACUAUCGUGGAACUGUUCUUUCAGGAGGUAGCCCGAAAGCAUAUAAUAUCUCAGCUUUUCCAGUCUAAUGCAGCCUUGGAUGAAACGAGUUUGAGUUGGCCUCAAAUGUUUUCUGCAGUUUCCAGUUAUCUCCUGCAGUUUUUGUGGCCAAGUAAUCCCACUUUCCUCUUUCCAGAAUGUUUAAUGGGGACUUGUCAGUAUGCACAGCUGCAGGAAUAUAUUCGUUUGUUGGAUCCUUGGUGUCACACAAAUGUGGGAUCAUGCUGUUUUAUAAUGGGACGCUGCUACCUUGUUAUGGGAGAAGGACACAAGGCUCUGGACUGUUUCUGUCAAGCGGCUUCAGAAGUUGGAAAAGAAGAGUUUUUAGACAGACUAAUUAGAACAGAGGAUGUAGAAAUGGCUUCAACCCCACGGCUACAGUACUAUGACAAGGUUCUGCGUCUUUUGGACACCAUGGGUCUACCUGAGCUGAUAAUUCAGCUGGCUACUUUAGCAAUCACAGAAGCAGCAGAUGAUUGGCGAAGUCAAGCUACCUUGAGGACUUGCAUUUUCAAACACCACUUGGAUUUGGGACAUAACAGUCAAGCAUAUGAAGCUUUAACUCAUAACCCAGAUCCUGGCAGGCAGCUGGACUGUUUGAGACAGUUGGUGGUCGUUCUCUGUGAACGCUCCCAAUUGCAGGACCUUGUAGAGUUUCCAUAUGUGAAUCUCCAUAAUGAGGUUGUGGGAAUAAUUGAAUAUCGUGCUCGAGCAGUAGAUCUGAUGACACACAAUUACUAUGAACUGCUAUAUGCUUUCCACGUUUAUCGCCAUAACUACCGGAAAGCUGGAACAGUGAUGUUUGAAUAUGGAAUGCGCCUUGGUAGAGAAGUCCGCACCCUCCCUGGCCUGCAGAAGCAAGGAAACUGUUACCUUGCAGCAAUUAAUUGUUUGCGGCUGAUUCGCCCAGAAUAUGCGUGGAUUGUACAACCAGCUUCUGGUGCAGUGUAUGAACGUCCAGGAGCAUCCCCAAAGCGCAGUUAUGAUGGAGAGUCUGCUGCCGCCCCAACAGGAAGUCAAAUUGAAAUCUUGGAGCUACAGGAUUUGGAAAAAGAAUGCAUGUUGGCUCGCAUACGACUAACUUUGGCACAGCAUGAUCCAUCAACAACUGCUAUUACAGGAAACUCAUCUCCCAAGGAGUUGGUUGCCCUGUUGGUGCAGGCUGGCCUGUUCGAUACUGCAAUUUCCCUCUGCCAAACCUACAAGCUAUCCUUAAAACCUGUGUUUGAGGGACUUACUUUCAAAUGUGUUAAACUCCAGUUUGGAGGGGAAGCAGCUUUGACAGAAGCAUGGGACUGGCUAGCUGCAAAUCAGUUUUCAUCUGUCAUCACCACGAAGGAGACCAGUGCAACAGAUGAAGCAUGGCGUCUCUUAUCUUCCUACCUGGGCAGAUACAAGUCCCAGAAUAGCCCAUACCAUCGUUGUGUAAUCAACAAGUUGCUGUCUCAUGGAGUGCCCUUGCCUAACUGGCUUAUCAACAGUUACAAAGAGGUAGAUGCUGCUGAACUUCUUCGCCUUUAUUUGAACUAUGACCUCUUGGAAGAAGCUGCGGAUUUGGUGUUGGAGUAUGUGGAUGCCUUACUUGGGAAAGGACAUGAUUACUUUGGUAUUGAGUUCCCAUUAUCAGCUACAACACCAAUAGUUUGGCUUCCGUAUUCUGCAAUUGACCAGCUUCUUCAGGCACUGGGAGAAAAUACAGCUAAUCACCAUAACACAAUGCUAUACCAGAAGGUUCAUGACAAAUUAGAAGUCUACCAAAAACAGGUUAAUAAGGCAACUCAGGAUCUUCUGUAUCGUCGAAACUAGCAAAACAACCUUGAUUGGUGACCUCACUUAAUCACCUUGUGCCUAGUGGCCCUUGAAGAGAGAACUAUAGAAACUGAGCAUAACUUGCAUGAAGUAUAUGUGAAGCAUUUGCUUUGCAUGGGUUGGCUGGGGUUAUAGGGAGCCCUAUGCACUACUGGUGGUGCUAUUAUUACAAAUUCUAUUUUUUCAUAAUGAUUCAAAGCAUUCCCUAGCAGGGGAUGAUAGACUUUUUUUUAAUAUAUUGGGGACACUGAGUUAAUUUAAGCUUCAACAAAGUCUGCUGAGUUGGAUCGCAGUGAUUUCUGGUAAUGAAAAAUGUAUAUUGCAUGUUCCUACCAUCUUUCUACUGAAUUGUUUUGUAUUAUCAUCCUUGUACUGUAUUAUAUAUGGGCGCUAACAGUGGUCUUAUUUAUUGUAAAAGUUUUUGAAUUACCUUUAAUAAAAUGAAAGCUUUGUUAGA